AAUUUAUGUCAAAUUUUGAACUGGCCCAAGUUGAGACCAACAAAAUUUAUUAAUUUAUAGAAAUUAUUAAUUUAUCGAAUAUUAAUUUAUAGAGAUUCAUAUAUUUCUUUGACCAGCUGUGGUAUAUUCAAUUGAAUACAAAUAAUAGUGGCACUAAUCCAUAGAAACCUAAGUCUAUCUUUCUCUUUCAUCUCUUUCUAUCUCAUAGAAGAAGAAAGAGAGAGAGAUAGAAACCCUAAACAUCGUGCCCUUUAAGCUAAGAUAUCUUCAGUUUUGUAGAAAUUCAUAUUUGCUUGCUUCUUUGCCUUCUCUCUUUCAUUGUCUUCUACCUCUUGCCUCUAACAGAAGCAAUACUUUCCGGCCUCCAAGGUUUGUUUUCUUUCCUUUUCCAUAUCAUAUAUCUUUAAUUUCUUGUUGUCAUCAUAGUCAUUUGCAAUACAUAUAUAUAUAUAUAUAUAUACAUGCACUCACUCACACACCCUCGUAAAUAUGUGUACUUUCACUUUAAGCAUAUCUGUAUUUUCAUUUCUUCUCUUUGAUUACUCAAGAACAUGACUAAUCAUCAAACUCUCUUUUUUUAAGAAGAGGACUGUUCCGUUUUCAACAACUCAAUUCAUGUUUCUUUUGGGAUAUUCAAGAUUUUUCUGUGUAUACAUAUGUAAGAAAGAUCCAGCUUAAGUUAGUGUAAAUAUGUGCAUGCAUGUUGAACUAGGUUUUUUUAGAUAUAAAAACAAAUUUAUUAUACCUUCACAAUAUUCGGAUUCUUUUAUGGUGACAACCCAUUCAUUGGUCAUGAUUUAUUUUCGUUUACUUUGAUAUCAUUUUUGUUAUUAAUUAUAUGUAAAUGAUUAGGGCGAAGGAGAAAAAGAAAGUAUAUUUGAUCUGCUUAAAGAAGAGUACGGAUAAUGGAGAUUGGCUCAUCAUCCAAGGUGGCUGGAGGAGCACAGCUUUCGGUUCCUCCAGGUUUCCGGUUUCAUCCAACGGAAGAGGAGCUUCUGUAUUAUUACCUCAAGAAGAAGGUUUCUUAUGAACCAAUUGAUUUAGAUGUUAUAAGAGAAGUUGAUCUAAACAAGCUUGAACCUUGGGAACUUCAAGAUAAAUGUAGAAUCGGGUCCGGUCCUCAAAACGAGUGGUACUUCUUUAGCCACAAGGACAAAAAAUAUCCGACUGGGACCCGAACCAACCGGGCCACUGCAGCCGGGUUCUGGAAAGCUACUGGUAGAGACAAAUCCAUACAUCUAAACAGCUCCAAAAAGAUUGGACUUCGUAAGACUCUUGUCUUCUACACUGGUCGUGCUCCUCAUGGCCACAAAACCGAAUGGAUCAUGCAUGAAUACCGCUUAGACGAUAACGAAAAUGAGAUCCAGGAAGAUGGGUGGGUUGUAUGCAGAGUGUUCAAGAAGAAGAACCACUUCAGGGGGUUUCAACAAGAACAAGAUCAAGAUCAUCAUCAUCACCAAUACAUAAACAUCAACAGUGAUCAUGAUCACCAUCAUCAGCAUGACACUGAGUCAAAUUCAAACAAUCAUUCUUCUUUGAUAUCACAUUCUCUAGAUCAUCAUCAUCACAUGGGAAGACAGGUUCACAUGCCACUACAUGAGUUUGCAUACACUUUAAGCCACGGAUCAAUGCAUCUCCCUCAUCUAUUUAGCCCUGACUCGGUCCAACCGUUUGUGUCGUCAAUCAACACAACAGACAUUGAAUGCUCACAGAAUCUACUGAGGCUGACUUCUAAUAAUAACUAUGGUGGAGACUGGUCGUUUCUGGACAAGCUUCUCACAACGACUAACAUGAAUCAGCAAGUGCACAACCAUCAAGCAAAAUGUUUUGGGGAGACGCGUAACAACUGUAAUAACGACCAUGCUGUUACUUCAUCAUCUCCAGUUAAUCAAAGGUUCCCGUUUCACUAUCUGGGAAACGAUGCUAAUCCUCUCAAGUUCACAAAGUAGACCAAUCAAAUUUGAUUUUUGAUUUGAUCAACCUCAUGUUCUUUUUUUAAUUUUACUUUCUUCUUUAAGCUGUGGAAGAAAAUAUUGAAAACAUCUUUGUUUUGAUUUUUUAAUUUUUAGUUACACAUCUUUGUUUUGAACUUAA